UUUCUUCUCUGCUUAUGUGCAGUCACGACGCGGAUUAUGCACUCCUCUUUAUAUUGUACUCGCGCUCCCAUCUUCGCCGGUGGCCCAAUCUUCAUUUUCCGGCGAUUUCUUGGCGGAAUCCUCAUCUCAUCUUCGGAAAUUUCCGACUUCUUGGUUCGAAUGACGGAAAGCUUGCAGCAUAUAGAGUGUAAAUGUUGAGGUUUGGAUUUUAGAUUGUCUCUUGGGUAAUGUGUGAAAGAUCAAGUUUCUGUGGGUGCUUUUUGGACCAAGAAUCCUUGAAUUUAAGAGGUUUCUGAGAAAGUGAAGUGGGGAAAUUGUGCUUUUUCUGGUAAUGCUUGGUAAGGUUUGCGCAAAUUUGGAUCUGGUAUAAUUUGUUACUAAUUUUAGCAAUUCGGAUCUUCGAGAUUCUGGACCGUUGGGAGCUAUUUUUGACCAAGCAUUGAUUAAAUCUGUUUUCGGAAAAUCUAGGGUUUGUGUUGUGAAUGCAUGGGGGGAGAAGAUCGGAAUGUGUAGGUUAGAAAGGAGUGAGAAAAAGGGGGUUGUGAUUGGGAUGGGGUUGAAGGCAUUGAGUGCGAGUAGGGUGGAGAAGCUAAAGAGUUCGAUGGUGACAUCAAGGUCCCGAAUGAAGCUAUGGAUGAUCAGGGCUACGACCUCGGUUUUGCUAUGGACAUGUAUUGUUCAGUUAACGGCGUUGGGAGAUAUGUGGGGCCCUAGGGUUUUGAAGGGUUGGCCUUCUUGUUUUACACAAGAUUCUUCCGCCGCGGCGUCGGCGUUGGACGACAAAUUGGGGUGGUCCGCUCCGCCGCGAGUCCUUCCGCCCAAGAGGGUUUAUAAGAACAAUGGUUACUUGAUGGUCUCAUGCAAUGGAGGACUUAAUCAAAUGCGAGCGGCGAUAUGUGACAUGGUUGCAAUUGCUAGAUACUUAAAUGUCACUCUUAUUGUCCCUGAGCUGGAUAAAACCUCCUUUUGGGCUGACCCAAGUGAGUUUGAAGAUAUAUUUGAUGUUGAUCAUUUCAUUACAUCAUUGAGAGAUGAGGUUCGUGUAUUAAAAGAGCUACCACCGAGGCUAAAGAAGAGGGUGGAGCAAGGAGUGUUCUAUUCCAUGCCUCCCAUUAGUUGGUCAGAUAUUUCUUACUAUCGUAAUCAGAUUCUUCCACUAAUACAGAAGUACAAAGUUGUGCACUUAAAUAGAACCGAUGCCCGGCUUGCCAAUAAUGGGCAACCUUUAGAGAUUCAGAAGUUGCGUUGCCGAGUAAAUUUCAGUGCUUUGAGAUUUACUUCUCAGAUAGAGGAGUUGGGUAGGAGAGUUAUCAGGCUUCUGAGGCAAAAUGGUCCAUUCCUAGUGCUUCAUCUGAGAUAUGAAAUGGACAUGUUAGCAUUUUCGGGAUGUACACAAGGCUGCAAUGAAGAUGAGGUGGAAGAGUUGACAAGAAUGAGAUAUGCUUAUCCCUGGUGGAAAGAAAAAAUUAUAAAUUCUGACUUGAAAAGGAAAGAUGGUUUAUGCCCCUUGACUCCUGAGGAAACUGCUCUGACACUGAGGGCACUGGACAUUGAUCGAAAUAUCCAGAUCUAUAUUGCUGCUGGAGAAAUAUAUGGUGGAGAAAGGAGAAUGGCAACUCUUGCAGCAGCCUAUCCAAAAUUGGUCAGAAAGGAGACACUAUUGGAAUCCUCGGACCUUAGAUUUUUCCAGAAUCAUUCGUCUCAGAUGGCAGCAUUGGAUUAUCUCGUCUCAUUGGAGAGUGAUAUUUUUGUUCCUACAUAUGACGGAAACAUGGCCAAGGUUGUUGAAGGUCAUCGCAGAUUUCUUGGGUUCAAGAAGACCAUUCUUUUGGACAGAAGGCUUCUAGUUGAUUUGAUAGACCAGUACACCAAAGGAUCUCUGAGUUGGGAUGAAUUCUCCUCUGCUGUAAAGGAGUCUCAUGGAGAUCGCAUGGGGAACCCGAUCAAAAGGCUAGUGAUUCCAGACAGACCUAAAGAAGAAGAUUAUUUCUAUGCCAAUCCGCAGGAGUGUUUGCAACCAUUAAAUGAGCCGUUGAGUAGUAGUUCAUGAUCUUUACUGGUAGAAGGCAGUUAAAGUUUGAUCAUAUUCUCCCAGUAUGCUGUUCUAUCGCAUAUAAAAGGUAGCUCUUUCCCCCAACAAAUACAAAAACCAUGAAGGGUUUCAAUCUGAAGGGGCAAACCACGAAGAUCGUUUGGGGAGAGUAAACAAGAGAAAACCUGAGAGGAUUCCUGGAAGCAGCUGGAGUUACAGCUAUAUCUUUAUAUAUGCCAAUAAUCCCAAGUCAUGUAUAGAAGCUAACCCUGCCAUUACAGGGUGAUAUGAGAGCCCUUGCAUUGCACACUGGGGGAUGCAAAUAUAGAUCUGGUGUGGUGGAAAAUGUGGAUCCAUGGAAGGUUAAUCCUCCUCCUUCCUUUGUAUUUUUUUUUUUUUAUUGUUUCUUUUGUUAAAAAUCCAUGCCCUUGUGAUUUUCUAGCAUAUAUUAAAUUCUAAAAUUUAUCUGUUCUUUACAA